AUGUGGCUCAAACCGGACGAGAUUCUGCUGAAAAACGCGUUCAAACUGUGGGUGACCGAGGAGGAUAACGAAUACUUCGUACUGCAGCGGAGUACGAGGUACGGAGAGGGUGGAGGCGGGCUGACAGGCCUUCUUGUGGGAACGCUGGACACUGUGUUGGACUCGACAUCCAAAGUUGCUCCCUACCGCAUUCUGCACCACACACCGGACUCACAGGUGUAUUGGUCCAUAGCAUGCGGUGUCACCAAAGAGGAGAUCCUACUGCACUGGGAGUGGCUGCAGCAGAACAUCAUGAGGACACUCUCUGUUUUUGACUCCAGCGAAGACAUCACCAGCUUUGUUCAGGGCAAGAUUAGAGGUCUUAUCGCCGAGGAAGGGAAGACAUCCCUGGUGCUGGAGGAAGAUCCGGAGAAGUUCCGAGAAGCACUUUUGAGGUUUGAGAAGUGGUUUGAGCUGCCACCGAAGGAAAAGCUGGUCACAUAUUACUCAUGCAGCUACUGGAGAGGCAAAGUACCCUGCCAGGGCUGGCUCUACCUCAGCACAAACUUCCUGUGCUUCUAUUCGUACCUGCUGGGAUCCGAGGUGAAACUGAUCAUCUCCUGGGAUGAGAUCUGGAGGCUGGAGAAAACCUCUAACGUCAUCCUGACUGAGAGCAUCCACGUCUUGGCUAACGGGGAGGACCACUACUUUUCCAUGCUGAUGCACCUCAAUGAAACAUUUGUCAUCAUGGAGCAGCUGGCCGACUACUCCAUCAAGCGCCUUUUCGAUAAAGAGGCCUUCCAGAGAGAGCCGGCUCUCUCCGACCCUCUGCAAAUUACCAAGAGAGGCCUAGAAGCUCAUGCAAAGAGCGAGCAGUUCCGGUCAUUUUUCAGGCUUCCCAAAGAGGAAAACCUGUUAGAGGUGCAUGAGAGCUUCCUGUGGGUGCCCUUCAGCCAUUUUAACACACUUGGCAAGAUCUGUCUGUCCGAGAACUACCUGUGUUUCGCCAGCCAAGAUGGAAGCCAAUGUCAUAUCAUCAUUCCAAUGCGAGAGGUUGUUAAUGUUGAGAAGCCAGACUCCAGCAGCAGGGCUUUAACGGUGUGUGUGCGCGGCAAGAGGGCGCUGCGUUUCUCCGAGAUACGGGACUACCAGCGGCUUGCCACCACGAUCCGUAGCAGGUGUGGGAUUAGCCCCAGCCCUCAGCACUCUGCGUCAACAGAGGCCAUACGAGGCGAGUGCCAGUCGCUCAUCAACCACUUCGAGGACAACCCAGAGGACGUAACACUGAUGGUGGGACAGAAAGACAGCAGCAAGGCUGUGAGCACUGAAGCUCUCAUGACUGUUUUCCACCCCCAGGAUGUUGAAAACCUUGAACCUAAAAUGCUUAAAGAAAAGAUGAAGGAACAGUCUUGGAACAUCCAUUUUGCUGAGUAUGGACGCGGCACGAGUAUGUUCUUCACCAGGAAGACGCGAGACUUGAUUGUUCGCGGUGUUCCCGAGGCCUUGAGGGGAGAGCUGUGGAUGCAUUUUUCAGGAGCUGUUAAUGACAUGGCCACUCACCCCGGCUACUACACGGACCUGGUCGAACAGUCUCUGGGCACGAGCACUUUGGCUACAGAUGAGAUCGAGAGAGACUUGCACCGCUCUCUGCCAGAGCACCCUGCCUUUCAGAGCGACACGGGAAUCUCAGCUCUACGCAGAGUCCUCACUGCUUAUGCAUUCAGGAACCCGAAAAUUGGCUACUGCCAGGCCAUGAAUAUCCUCACCUCAGUGCUCCUGCUCUACGCGAAAGAAGAGGAGGCUUUCUGGCUCCUAGUGGCUGUCUGCGAGAGGAUGUUGCCGGAUUACUUUAACCGCCGAAUUAUUGGCGCUCUGGUCGACCAGGCGGUGUUUGAGGAUCUGAUCCGAGAACACCUCCCCCAGCUGGUGGAGCACAUGACGGACCUGAGUUUCUUCUCGUCCGUGUCCUUGUCCUGGUUCCUCACUCUCUUCAUCAGUGUCCUGCCCAUAGAGAGCGCUGUGAACGUGGUGGACUGCUUCUUCUACGACGGCAUAAAAGCCAUUCUGCAGCUCGGCCUGGCAGUGCUGGACUACAACCUGGAGGCUCUGAUCAGCUGCCAUGACGAUGCAGAGGCCGUCACCAUCCUCAACAAAUUUUUUGACAGCGUGACAAACAAAGACAGCCCCUUGCCUCCAACAGUGCAGCAAGCUUCAGUAAGCAAUAACGACAAAUCAUCCCACUUCAAGGUGGAUAUCAGUGAACUGAUCAGAGAGGCAUACGAGAAAUAUGGAAAUAUUCGCUCAGAGGACGUCGAGAGUUCACGGAAAAGAAACAAACUGCAUGUGAUCCAGACACUGGAGGAUACAACCAAACAAAAUGUGAUUCGGGUGGUGACCCAAGAAGUCCGAUUCAGUGCCUCACAUCUUGACGGGCUCUAUAACUUGUUCAAAAGGCAGCAUUUCCUCUGCUGCUACUGGACAAUGAAGAGUCCGGCUCUGCUGCAUCACGACCCCAGCCUGGCCUACUUGGAGCAGUACCAGUUGGGCUUCCAACAGUUCAGCGUGCUCUUCUCCCUGCUGGAGCCCUGGGCUUUCUGCAGCCCCAAGAGCAACCUCUCCCUCUGGGUCUUCCGCCUGAUAGACGAGAACCAGGACGGCCUCGUCAACUUUAAAGAGUUCUGCAGCGCCCUUGACACUUUUGUACAGCGGAUCGUUCACAAAUAAGCUGAAAUUCCUCUUCAAGCUGCACCUGCCGCCAGCAUUUGAUCUGCCAGAAGAUGGUGUGAUAAGGAAAAGCCCUGAAAGAGGUAAAGGAAAAGUGGACCUGCAGGCCUACCUGAAACAAUGGCAAAAUGAAAUACUUAAGAAAGAGGAAACCAUUAAGGACCUGCCUCGAA